CUUCAACAAUCCGAACAGUCAGCGAGUCAGGAUCAACGAGUCGACUUCAUUCUGCACUGCAUUCAUUUACUUACUUAGGCCUACUCUGACUUCAAGAAGUAUGCAAUAGGCAAAGUCAAAUUAGGCCUAAAGAAAAUAAUAAUUUCUAGUAUAAUUUAUAAGACGGUUGCGCGUUUGUAUGAGUGAUUAUGGUGUACUAUGUCCCAACCAAAUGCAAGGUGUACUGUCUGUGGGGGAUCUAAUUUUAUUGCAGAAGCUGGAUUUUUCUUUUGCUCUGAGUGUAAUACUCAAUCACAGGAUUACAGGGAGGAGGUUUAUGAUGAUUACUUUGGUACACAAAAAGUCACUACAAGAGUAUUGCAAAAGAAAACACAAUUAAAACCCAAAGAUCAGGAUGAAAAAUUGACAUCUUGGGAAGUUCUGAAUUACAUCCUAAAGGGUAUAACUGAAGAAAUGAUUGAACUCGGAGCCAAACCCUCCCUGAAGAUUAUUGUAUUGCAACUAUGGGCUUCAUACUUACAGAAACUUGAGAUUGCUUUUACAUCAGUGCAAGUUGAGCGAAAACCAAAGCUGGGAUAUGCUUUUAAACGCAGUGAUGCUGAAAUAGUGUAUGGUCUCAGUAAGAAGGAUUUAAAAGCAAAAAGCUGGCGCUCAAGGUCAAGAGGCAGUUCAGCAGCUAGUAGUGCCUCAGACAUCAGUGAUUCUGGCCAUGACACCUCAGCCUCAGGGACCGUGCAGAGUAGACGAUCCAUUCUUAGAAGGCUUACUUUGCGGAAGAAAGCCUUGGCGUCAGCUGAAUACAGCCAACAGUCUCAGGAUACUGCUAGAUCCUUCAGCCAGAGCCAAACAUUGGAGCAACUUGAAUCCAACUCAGAGACAGAGGACACUCCCAAGAAGUUAAAAAUAACCAAACAUGCAAGAUCACUUCUGAACUCAUCUUGUGCCAGUUCAACGGAAGAUGAAAGCAAAACUAUACAAAGGAAGCUGAGUAAAAAAGAGAUAACCUCAUUACGAAAUGUCACAUUGGCUAAACUUGUGGCAAUAAUAAAUAUAGCGUUGAUUAUCAACAAGGAUGAUAUACUGCUAUCUGACUUUUUAAGGUGGGUGGAAGAAGGCCACAUUUCACUGCGGACGGCCAGUAAAUUCCUCCCCGCAAGUGUUAAGCUAGACACUCAGCUUCACAGGAUGUUGGAUGUGCAUCACAUGUCGUAUGUCAAGUGCCGUCAGCUGAUGUCUGCACUGUGUUAUGAACUGGAUGUUGUGGACCUGCCUCAACCUAAUGUUGCUCGCCUCACUGAACGCUACUGUUUGGAACUGCAGCUACCAGGUGAAAUUUGUGAAAUGGUAAAAAAUCUAAUGAGACUAUCCUUAAAUAGUGAAGUGUGUAAAGUUAAGCUCCAUGAGUCAUCCUCAACAGAAGUUCAAGUGAUGACGGCCAUUAUCAUAGUCAUGAAACUUGUCUUCUCUCUCGAUGGCUGCACGGAGUACAAGUUGUCACACACUGCUAGUGAAAUCAACAGUGUAUGCCAAACGACUGGAGAUCAUCAGAAACUGUUUGUGUUGACUGAGUGGAUGCAGUUUGUUGAGUGUCGCAAGGCCGUAGUGGCCAGCUGUCAUCAGCCUACUAGUGCUGCAGUCUACGGCCAGGCCUUCACAAACAACAUUGGUCUGUUCCUGCAGCAUUACAAACAAGUGGCUGCAGACAGACACCGGGAGACAAACAACAGAUAUGCACUGAACAAGCAUUGGGUAGAAGCUCUGACACGAUGCUUGGCAAAUCUGACAAAGUCCAGCCAGGUGUCAGAUGAAGUGUUUGUAGAUCUUCCUCCCUCUCUGACACCACUGUACAGUGCCACACAGCAUCUGCUGACCCAGCAUGCUGAGCGAGUGUCUGCAGUCAGACACAUACUGGCCGAGGAUUACACCAGACAGUCCCUAACCUACACCACCCAGCCAGACAGGUUAGCUGGAAUUGGAAUGGUGAAUGAUUUGAACAUAAUCCAGUUGGACGGAGCUGCAGCCACUUUCAAAGUAGAAAAUAUCGCUCUACGGGCCAGAGAUAAUCAAGCAAUUCCUCGCCACGGGAUCAACAAGUUAAAUGUUAAGGCUGGUGUUGUAAAAAAAUUAAAACCUGCUAAAACACGGAGAGAUAGCUUGCCUAUUGAGGUAGACGAAACUCAGCUCAGUUUUGUGAAGGAGAUAGUCUCAGAUGACAGUGAUGAAGAAGAAAAAGAAGUAGAGAACACCGUACAAGAGCCAGAAAGCAAUGAUGCCCAGUUUGAACUGUACAGUAGACAGCUUGAUAUUCAUAGAACAUGUUCUCAAUACUGGUUCUGCCACACUAAACUUAGCAAAAAUGACUUAACUCUGGAUGAGUUUGAUUUGUUGUCAAAGAAAACUUUUCAAUCAUCAUUUUUAUGGUUGUUGAAAGAGUGUUCCAGAAUGAUCCAUAACACCACUAAAGAUCUUUAUGCCAAUAUAAUUUUCUUAGAGAAUAAAUAUCAACAUGUUUUGAAUGGGGCUCAGUUUUUGAAAACAACCUGUAAAAACAGACAAAAAUAAUGAGUUUUAAAACCAAAUUUAAAUAUUGAUUUUAAAAUAAAAACUGUAUUAGGUUGUACUUGUUAUUAUAUUUUGUACUGUAAUUUGUUAGCAGGCUAUAAUGAAAGAAACUUAACCUCUAACGUACCUUUUCUGAGAUGAAUACAUUUCCAUUACAGUAGGCCUAUGGUCCACGAGAGUCUGCAGUUAAGGGAGGAGCCUAUUUACCACGUGACUUCAAAGGAGACAAUGAGGACCGCUUGUUGUUGCCAAUAAUACCAGCUGAUUUGAAAAUACUGUUUAGUAUAUUUUUAUUAGUGUCAAAAAUCAGUAAAUGUCCAGUCUUUCUAUUGGCUGCCGCCAUCUGCAGACUCUCGUGGCCCCUACUGUAGUGUAGUUACUAUUAAUUUCAAUUGAUGUCCUUUUGUUCAGUAAAUUGUAACCUGUGAUA